AUGCACUUUGCUGUACGCUGUAACCUGUCUCUUUACCUCCCUCAGGUUGACCCCAGGCUGGAGGCUGAGAUGUCUCUGAAAUAUUCCCUGGGAGAGCAGCUCGUCCAAGAUAGUGUCAAGUUCAAGCUUCAGCCCAACAAGACUGCGAGGUCCACUACCCACCGCCUGGCAGCGAAGGCGAUGAUCGAGACCCUGGACUCGGGUUCCGACAGAGAGAGCGAGGGGGUGAAGAAACGCAUGAUUGAGAUCAGCACCCAGGCCAACGUCAUCUCCUCCCAAACCGCCUUCAUCGCCAUCAACAGGGACCUCAAUCAGCCCUUGCAGGGUCCCAUGCUCAGGCGUGAUGUCCCCCUCUAUCGUGAAAGCCAGUGGAACGGGAGCUGCCCGUCGAUGCCGAUGGCGAACUAUGUCCUGCGCAUGGCCCUCGAUUGUGUGGGUGCUCAGUGCCCUGCCUUGGGAGGUAAGAGUACCGGCAGAUUUGGGGAGGGGCGCGUGGGCUAUCCGACUAUUCUGCCCACCCCAGCACCGUCCUCAUAUUGA